ACUGGGUUCACUUUUUUACUUUAAAAAAAAGAUUUUAGAUAUGUUAUAUUUAAUACAAAUAGUUUUAAAUAUGUUGAUGCAAAAUUAUAUCGAACAGCCUGUGGAUCCAUCUCUUUCACCACCUGCAAAAUACACUCGUCGCGAAAGCCUUCCCACCUGUCCAGAUCAUCACGACUCGCGCGACAAACAUGUAGCGACGUAUUUAACGUCAACUCCACUGACACGCACAGGGGAGGGCAUGAAAGGAAUACAAGGACUUAUUGCUUCUAGACGUGUAGCUCUAUAGAUGAAAAAGCAUGCGGAAAAUGGGUGCAGUCAUCGACACAAAAGACCCCUGGCUGUUCGGCGUCACCCCCAUCUUCCUUUAACACGAGCACCCCCCUCCCACAGCCCCCCUCGCUCUGACCGAGAUGCAUUGUGGGGGAAGUCGUUGCCAUUCGACCUCUGCAGGGCCUGCGCGGACGCAGACGGAACCCUGAAAUUCAUUAUGCCUUUAAAACCCCUAUUUAUUUCCGCAUAACCUACAUACUCUUACCAGGAGGCCAGAGCGGAAAAAAACAGGUCAUUUCAUGCGGAAUACUUUAUUUAAAAGAGCGGAGGACUUUUGGUGUAAUCGGAUUUAGCCGAUUAGGAUUUUUGUCGUGAAGAAAGUAUAGAUUGUAAUUUAUUUUAAGAAAAUGUCCGGAGAGCGAAACCGCAGGUCGCUGGCUUUCCGAGGAGGUGGAUUAGCCGCCACCGGCGCGAGUGCUGUCGGAGGCAGCAACGGGAACAGCUGUGAGGCCCCGGCCUGUCAAGACCGACAUUUGAACGGGAACAGACCGGACCAAGAAGAGGAAAGGGAUUUGGGGGCGAAAGGACCAUCGCUGGGCAAAGUAGACGGUGGGGGGUCCGUGAGCGACAGCACGGAGCCGGAGGCAGAGGAGGACGAGGACCCGGAAGGGGGCAGUUGGACAGCGGAGAAAGAUCAUGACAAAAGCGCUUUAAACAACGUAAUGGUUCAAACGGAGCAAUCCAACGGUGGCUGUGGGUGGGCGACCGGCAACAGUGUGAAACGGGAGGACGAGAGCGCGAAAGCGGAGGACGGCAGGCGUGGAGAGGCGGAGGACACGAGCGCUAGAAAGCCCCUGGUCGAGAUGAGACCUCAGACUCUGCUGCAGAAACACUCGCUCUUCCAAUACUCCUGGUUGCAAGAGUUUCCCUGGCUCAAAUUUUGCCAGGAGACGGGACUGAUGUCUUGCUCCUGGUGCCAUAAAAUCGCCACUAACAACAACGACGAGUUGGUAAAAGGCAGUCGGAAUUAUAAACGGGCCUUGCUGCUGAGACAUCACCUGUCCUCGGAGCACGGCAGGAAUGACCCGACCAAACAGGAGAUGGAGAGGCCAGAGGACACAGAAAGCCUGGAGGUGGAGGACUACAGGAACAAGCCCAAUGAGAACUCCUACUGCUACCAACUGCUGCAAGAGCUGGACAAACAGCGCAAGAGCGGCAUCCUGUGUGACGUCAACAUCGUGGUGAGCGACCAGGUGUUCAGGGCGCACAAGAACAUCCUGGUGGCCGGGAGCCGCUACUUCAAGACCCUUUACUGCCUGACGAAAAGCGAGAGCUGCGACCAAACGACGAUCACGCACCUGGACGUGGCGGCCGUGCAGGGUUUCUCCGUCAUCCUCGACUUCCUGUACUCCGGGAACCUCUUGCUCACCAGCCAGAACGCCAUCGAGGUGAUGUCCGUGGCGAGUUACCUCCAGAUGACUGAGGUGGUCCAGUCCUGUCGCGCCUUCAUCAAAGACGCCCUCAACAUUAGCAUCAAGCGGGAAGCGCCGGACUCUGUGGUGGUGGACUACAACAAGCGGCGGACGGUGGCCAAAGACUGCCAUGGUGCCAACAAGAAGCCCAGCAACUUUUGGGCCACCAGCAUCCUGUCCAAGUUGUCCAUCAAGGCCAGCGGACAGGUGAAGGACGAACCGAGCGAUGUGGAGGUGUCAGGAGGCGAGUGCUGUGGCUGGGGUGGAGAAAACUCUUCAGAGUCCACAGAGAUGGAGCCACAGGGCCCGGGGCCAGUGUUCGUCUGGAACAAGUCGGAUCCAGGCACCGGGCCUGCCGUCAAGAGAGAGGUCCGUCCUGAACCGGGCAGCGGGAGGAGAAAAAAACAGACGGCCAGACGGUUCGUCUACAACAUCCCACCUGAGCCGGAAGAGGGUUUUGAUGAGGGCAUGUUCAUCCAGCCUUCUGCUUCCUACACCAGAGAGGACUACUCUUACAUCUCGGAGAACGCCGGCGAAGCAUCUGAAAACGCCAUAAAUAAGCUGAAAUGUCCCCACUGUAGCUACAUUGCCAAGCACCGACGAACACUAAAGAGACACCUGAUCAUCCACUCGGGCGUUCGCUCCUUCAGCUGCGACAUCUGCGGGAAGCUGUUCACACGCAGAGAGCAUGUCAAGAGACAUUCCCUGGUGCACAAAAAGGAUAAGAAAUACAAGUGCAUGGUGUGCAAGAAGAUCUUCAUGCUGGCGGCCAGCGUGGGCAUACGGCACGGCUCUCGACGCUACGGCGUGUGCGUGGACUGCGCCGACUCCCACCAGAGCUCGCAGGAGGGUCUCGAAGGCAUGCAGGACCUGGAGUUCUCCCGCGACGAGGACUUCGAAGAGGUGGGAGACGAGGACAUGGAGGCAGAAGGGGUGGAGCCAAACGAGAUUGACCAAUCCAACUGCACGGGUGACGCGGGUGGCACCCCUGAGCAGGACUGACUUAAACGUAACCUGUUUAUUAAAACAAAUCAAAAUGCAAAGAAAAAAAUAGCUGGGAUACAAUCAACAAUUCCAAAGUGCUAUCAAACCUCUUUGUUGCACGUGAAGUUAUGUCAAAGAGUUCUAUAGCUUUGUUAGAGAGGGACUCCAAUAUUUAAAGAUUGUUUUAUGUGUCUGGGCCUAGUGCCUGUCAGAGCAAGAGGUAUAAUGAUAUAUAACUAAAAAUCAGGUUUUUCUGUGAUGUAUUUGUUUCUUUUGUAGGGGACGAGGGUGUACAGCAUUUUUCGAGUUUUAAUAGGCCAAUCAUAUUAAAAGAAAUAUUAAUUAUUUAAUUUAUGAAGAAAGAUAUCAUGGUCUUAUGAAAUGAUAGAAUUAGAUUGUUUUUGUAUGUCUGCUUUUUUUUGUUUCAGUUUAUAACUGAGCUUCCUGACAGAUUUGAUCGUAUAUUGCUCAAAGGCGCAUAGAGACAAAGUAGGAGCAUUAUAGAAAUUCCGCCUACAGGAAGAUUUGUUGUUUCCUUUCUAGUUAUAUAUGUUGUCAUGAAAUAUAUAUAUUUUCCUUUUCCCUGCACAGAUCUUGGAACCAAAAAUCUGUUUUGUGACUAAUUGACCACAGCCAUAUUUAUGAUUUAAGUUAUACGGGCUGUUAGAUCGUGCCAAGCAGAAUGCACACCAAGGUUUUGCAGGACACAAACUACUGAACAUGCUGAGAGAGCGUAAAGCAGAGAAAUAUGAAAAAAAUCGAAAAAGACAAAAUGUUAAAAUAUAAGGGGAAUAUAUUAUUGCUAGCUUUAUUUGAAUCACAGCAUCACAGUAACACUUUAUAAAGCAUUUUGACAUUCACUUAAAGCUUGAAUUUUGCCAAAUGAUGGAAACGUUUGGUGCUGUAACGCUUUUUUUUUUACUAUUCUUAUUUUUAAAUACUGGACCUACAAGCUGUAUAUGAUGUUAAUAAUCGUAAAGCCUACUCAACUCAGUUAUACUAAUCAGCUUUGUAUUUUACACUGUUCUGCUAAGGAGCCUAUCAGGUAUGCUUUUUGUCCGUUUUUAAAGUCUUUUCUAUUAAAUGCACAUUCACACACGUACAUACCAUUCUUGUUAAAACUACUGGCAGUGCUUGUAUAGAUGGAACGACCUGAUGUCCUUGACCCUUCGGAGUUGGUUAGUGGUACUGAGCAUACUUGUAAUCACUUGAAUGACCCGUGUAACGUUUCGAGAGGAAAGUUGUUCAUUUUGGUCCCCCUGUCCCAUAACAUUCAUAAUGAUUUUGAUUUGUCUCUUGUCUGCUGAGUGAAAAACACUUUGCUUGUGCUAGCGUAGAGUGGAAGGUCUAUGAAAAGGCAUAGACAGGCACUUACUGCUCUGCGUUGAGUUAUUUCUUAUUUCCCCAAAGCCGGUCUGGAUGGAAAUAACGUUAAUCUGUUGUUUUAUUCCGUUUAUUUUUUAUUUCGACAUUUCAUUAUUUAAUGUUAUAUAUGUAUUGACUCCGAAAUGCAAUCAAGACUGUUAAUUUCUAUUUGUCCUACCAAAAUCAUUGUUUAAUUGUUAAAAGAUUAAUGUAAGAAAACCAGGUUAAAUAUUUAGCGUUGAUCCUAGCUUGUGUAUGUCGUCGGAUUUAAGUGUCUUUAUUCUAAAAACCAAUCAUCCACUUUACCAUAGAUGCAUAUAUUGUUUUAUUCGUCCUUCUUUUUUUUCUUUUUUUUUUGAGGUUCUGUUUUUGUUCGUUCCUUGUGUUUUUUUUCUAUUUCAUUUUAAGCACAUAUUUUAUAAAAAAAACAUGUUUGUGGGGUAAUUCCUAGGAGCAGGAGUUUGUGUUCAUAUGCAGUGAAUAUAUUGAAGUGCUAUACUGAUACAGAAAUCGUCUAUCUUUCCCUUUAUUCGAGAUGAAAGUGUAUUUUAAAAACUGUAUAGAAGAUCCUGUUUGUAUUACUUACCUUCAGAUCACUGUGGGAGGGAUAUUAUAUACGUGUAUAUAUAUAUAUAUGAAAGUUUAUGAAAUAUAUAUAUAUAUAUAUAGCUAUUUAAUGUGAUGGCACACUGCUGCAGAUUUAAAAGCUUGGCCUGGCUUUCACUGUUCUCACUGACCACGUGCUCGAUCACCAAUCACGUCAGCUCAGUUUUCCUGUUUGCCUGUGUAUCUGUUAGACGCACGACGAUGAACUUUCUAGAUUUUAUGCUGUAUGUUGUCAAACAAACAUAACAUACAAAAAGAAAAAAAAAACACUACAGAUGAAGGUUUUUCUCCAGCUGUAUUUUGUAAAAGCUGUUUCAAAGAUGUAUUUUUCAACUCUCUUACAGUGAUGCAAACAGGGCCGCGGGCUCACCUCAAACACAAAUCAAAUCAGGUGAUUCUUUUUGUUUUUCAAGGUUUUAAAUGAAUACGUUUUCCUUCUCUUUCAAUUGUACUACUGUUUCUCUAUUAUAAAUUUUAAAAUAAAACUUUGAUAUUUCCCUCUG